CGGAAAGGCGGAAAAGAAUUGUAACUAGAUUUACUAGAUUUUCGCGCUUCCGCGAGUUGAGUCCCGCACGUUUGAGCGGAAAAGCGGAAUCCGCUAUUUCAUUAUGUGCACGUGGAACAUGAGCUACUUACAAAAGUACAGAAAGAAAAAGAAUUUCAAAUGAAUCGCCCUACAUAAGAAAGCACAGGCUGCUUUCCGAAACUGCCAGUAUUGAAAAUCUACAAUAUACGUGACAUAUAGAUUUCCAGUGCUUAAUUUCGGCAUACCCAACAGCCGUAAUCAAAUUGAACAGAAUUAAAGCAACGAAAUGUGGCUAUUGCGGGUUUAUUUUACGAGGGUCAUGUGGAACAAUUUUAGACCACCAUUGCUUCAGUACAUACGACGAAAAUGCCCACGUCAUUAAUGUUGACGAAAAUGCCGUGGUCACUAUGAGAAAGAGACAUGAAACUGAAGAUGUACAGCAUUCGAAAGAAGGAGCUGUACAAUCUACACAGUCUAUACUCACACAAGAUGAGUUGCUGAUUGAAUUUGUUCGUAUCCGAAGGGGUUUGUGGGACCAUUCCCUUCCGACCAGCGAAAGAACAAGAUUAAAAAAAGAUAGUUUAUGGCAAGAGAUUGUAAACGCAUUUGAUGGAUUCCUGUCUAUGGAAGCAAUAAAGCAGAGAUGGAAACACCUUCGAGAUUCGUAUAUGAAGGCUAGAAAGAAAAUGCGAGGAUACGUGCGAAGUGGAUCAGGGGUGGAAUCUGGCCAUCCAUUACGAAGUUCUUUUGCUCAUUACGAAGAAAUGAGAUUUCUCGACGAUACAAUAAAGACAGCACCGACUGUCAGCUCCAUCCAGCACAUUUCUGAAGCGAAUUCAUCCCAUGUUGACAUGGAUAAUAUGCAAGUGGACAUGACUGCAGACAACUUGAUCGAUUUUGAUGAUUCUACACAGAAUUCUGCAUGUUCACCAUCAGAAUCAUCACGAAAAUCGUCAUGUUUAUCGCCAGGGGUGAAAAGGAAAAAUGCGCAAAGGCAAGCAGAAAUCGAGGAUAAGUUUUUAAGUAUAAUUGAUGAGGUAUCUCAGAAGAAACAUGAUAUAGUCGAUAGUUUUAUGGACCAACUUGGUGACAUUCUACGCCGACUAUCAUACGUACGACGUAGAAACCUGCAAAGAAGACUUAUGAAUAUUGCUAUAGAAGAGGAGGAUGCCGAAUUUCUGGAGAAAGGGAAUGAUAAGAUGUAAUAGAAAUGUUCUUUUUUAUUAUA